AUGCAAGCUACAGUAUAUCUUGCUGCUGCUAUUUUUUCAGCAUUAUUAAUUGGAGAUAUACUUCAAAUAUCAGCUCGAAGAAUUCGAUGUCCUGGUGGUGAACUAAUAGCAGAUUGCUUUGUGGAUCCAUGCUCUGUAUCAACAUGUCCAGGAGAUAAAAAUGCUACAUGCGUGUCUAACUAUUGUGGCGGAUGCAAUGCUCUGUGGUAUGGAGCUGAUGGUAAUCUAGCAAAUUGUAAUAAUACAUCUUCAUGUCCACCCGAUAAGCCUCCAGUUCAAUGUUUUGCAGAUCCAUGUCAAGUAGCAACAUGUUCAGCAUAUCCUAACGCUAUAUGUGUCGCCAACUAUUGUGGAGGUUGCAAUACUGAAUGGUUCACAGCUAAUGGAGAACAAGUACAAUGUUAA